AACCAAUAGCGUCGUGUUAUAAAAGCCGCCAUCUUUUCAAAUAUUUGAAUGCGUACAAUUUUUUCAAGACGAAUUGAUAUCAUAACGAUUUUCAUUUUUUAAGUCAGACGAUGAUCAGAAAGUUCUUUUUUUUUUUUUUUUUUUUAUAUAUAUAUAAUAUUAAUGCUAACUUUUCAAUAUAGUGAAAAUGGAAAUUAAAAAUCGAUAUUCUAUUUAAGAGUUAAAUUUUCUUUUUUUUUUUUUUUUUUCAUCUAUUACAAAUCUUAUAUUGCUUUUGGUUAAGUGUAUUGUCAUUAAUUUGUUAUUAAUCAUUUUAUAUAUAUUAUAUGACGAAGAUUUUAUAUGAAAUUAAAAUCAAUCUGUUAAAAUGAAUUCUACGAAUACAGAGGAUGCUUUAUCAAUUGGGAAAAAGAGAGAAGAUCGUGGAAUACAAUUAAAGCAUAGAUUUGAUCCAUUGAAUCUCGAUGUGAAAUAUCCUGACACUGCAAUAUUACUUUUGCAAUGUCAAGAAAAUACAAUACUUUUGAAUGCUGCAGCUGCAUUAUCCAAAUAUGCUACUAAAUCUGAUGAAAAUAUACGUAUACUUUUUGAUCUUGAUAUCGUUAAAAAUAUAAUACCAUUGAUUAAUCAUGAAGAUUUAUUUACACGAAGAUUUGCUGCAAAAUUAUUAGCUGAAAUGAUGGCUAUACAAUCGGUUAAAGAUUUCUUAUUGGAAUCCGAUUAUUAUAUACCUUAUUUCACAAAAGUAUUAAUAAAUGAACGGGACUUAUUUAUGCAAGAAUUUUCUUCGCUUAUACUCGUUGAAUUAUCGAAAGAAAUUUAUGGUAUCGCUCGAUUAUUAGAACAAUGUCCAAAUAUGAAUUUUCUUUACGAAAGAAUACAAUCUACAGAUCCAGACGUGAAGAAAAAUAAUAUAGAAAUAAUAUACAAUCUGAUACAGGAUCCGAUAGGUGUCCAAGAGAUUAUUAAUGCUGAAAAUUUUAGUUUUCCUUUGAUAUAUCGACUUUUUCAAGAACCUUAUCCAGAGAUUCAAAAUAUAGCCUUGAACGUUAUUGGUGAAUUAUUGGCAAGGAAUAAGGAUGAAUAUAUACAAAAUCUUUUUCGGCAGACAAAGGGUUUAGAUGCGCUGUUAAAUUUUCUUGAUGUAAGAAAUCUUUGUAGGACAAUUCUAUAUAUCUGUUAGUAGUGUUAUCUAAUUCGUUCAGAAUGACGAUUGGCGUGACUUACAUUCCAAAGUAUUGAAGAUACUCAGCUUGGCUUCGGAUAAUCAUAAAACGAUAGAAUUAUUGAAUAGUAUUGGUGGUAUUCAAAGAAUUUAUAAAUACAUGGAAAAUACAUCAAAUUCAAAACUA